AUGCCCAACUGUGCAGGAGGCAGGGAUGUUCGAAGCUACGAUAUCGAAAGGGUCCAUACUGUCAAGAACACCUGCGCCAAAUUGAUGGAUGCAUGGUUUACCAAUAACUUUUGUCUUGAGCACCAAGGCGAAGAGGUCCUACGCGCUUAUUUCUACGGCGAUUCCGUACUGCCCGAACCGGCGUCUGGGGCGCAGGUCGUCGCCCAUCAACCACGCGCUCGCAAGCGUCGCUCGCGACAGAGAUCGAAGUCUGAUCCUGCCCCAAUCCCAAUCCCAGAGACUCCCGACAGCUCAGAAGAAUCCUCAGACGACGAAGUCCCCCCGGCUACUGGCCACCGAUCAUCAACAGUGCUCCCGACCGUGGGAGAGGAGGGUGACGACAGCGAUGGCCCGCAACGAGCCACCACCCCAAAGCCUGCAGAGGAGCAGAGGGACGACACGCCGCCUGCAACCCCUCGCCGCAGCCAAAAGACGGUCCACUUUGCGGACUCACCUCCGCGGCCCUCCUCCCCUGAGAAACGCCCAGCUGUGAGCGCCGGCGUCUGGGCAGCAGAGCCCAGGAACCAGUCGCCUCCUCAACUUCGAUCCUCAAGACGCCGCCGUCGUGUCGAUAACAGGCACGCACCGCCUAGGGCUUCAAGCAACUCGGUGAUCGCAUCGCCCCAUGGCCGCGAGAAGCGCUACCACCCCAGCACCCCCAAAACAGCCGACGUGAAGCGAUCCCCGAGAACAAGGUCCAAUCGCUGA